UCGGCCAGUGUCCAGUCUGCAUGGAUAAACGAGGAUGCCUUCAUAAAGUCCACAUUGUCCCUGCAGUCAACGUUCAGGAGCCGAGAAGACUAACCAACCCCUUCCAAGUCAGCAUCCACUUGACCCAGAAGACCAGCAGCUUCACCCAGCAGCCCCCCAUCAGCAUGACCUCGCCCAUGGUUGUGAAACAUGGCUCGACCCACAAGACCUGCAUGUUACUCAGCAUCUCGGAUAACGUGCUUCAGCCUGCCCCUCCUGGUCAGGCGCCCCCAGAUGGCCAAGCGUCUCCAUCGCCAGCCGCCCAGAUCACCUCCGAGUCCCCCGCACAGCCGCCUUUGUUCCACACAAAGAGCUUGAACGACGUGGAGAUCUGCGACAGUUUCCUGCUGGGGAAGUGCCCCGAGGGGACGUCGUGUCCAAAGCAUCACACGGCCUUGCCAUUCCACUGGCAGCUGUGGUGCCUCAAGACGCUGACCUGGGUGGAUGUGCAAUCUUCUGCCCAAGUUCUCCUGGAGCGUAAGUACUGCAAAGUGGACCGGGACACUGUCUGCCUCCAUGACGGGAAAAGGCUCCACAGAGUGCAUUUUGACACCAUGAAGAUAUCCUGCUCGUCCACGUACAGCAGCGUCAGACGCCUGAGCAACUCUGAGAGUCACCCGUACUUCCCCGCCAAGUGGCGCAUCUACUGGAGGGACCUCUCAUAUUGGAAGGAGUACACUCAGGACCAGUCUGACUUUCUCCUUAGGAAGAUUAGCCAGAAGGAACCACACUGUUCUUUAAUCAUCGAUGCCAAGAAGUACAAGGUGGACUUUACCAACAUGACCCAAAUCAAUGUCAAGACCGGCUACCAGAGGGAUGUCCGCUGCGUAGCAGUUUACCGCUCGCCUGAGUCUAUGCACCCUUACUUGAAGACAGAGCCUGCCCAGCCUUUCCUUCAGCCCAACUUUAGUGUGGACCCUCUGGAGGACUUCACCUCCUGGUACCCUCCAGUGUGGUCUUUAGACUCAAAACAGGACAUGAACCUGGUGAAUGUACCAGCCUGUUCAAGGGCCUUCAAGACUGUCCAGAAAGUCUUCAAUGAGGGUCUGCAUGAGCACAUGGUGGACAUUGUCAGCAUCCAUAUGGUCCAGAAUGCCCUGCACUGGGACAAGUAUCAAAGGAAAAAGGUGUCCAUGCAGAAAAAGCAUGGCAGCUGCCAGGAACCUUUGGAGCGCCAUCUCUUCCACGGCACUAAUCAAAAGGCCGUCAAUGACAUCUGCCAGAACAACUUCGACCCGUGCAAGGCCAUAGGCGGUGACGGCACCUACUUUGCCGCCUCAACUGAAACGUCCCAUCGGUACACGACUUCGGGGAUGCCUGAUGGGGUCCGCCACAUGUUCUUAGCAAAAGUCCUGGUGGGGAAGAAGAUCUUGGACCCGAAUAUUUUGCAAAACCGCUACGACGCCUGCGUUAACAAAACAUAUAUGCCCGACGAGUUUAUCGUCUCUGAAAGCUGUCAGAUCUACCCCUACUUCCUCAUCAGUUUCAAAGACGUGCCCUACUUCAUCGACAUUUGACGCGAUCCACGUUGGCAAAUAAUGUUCCGUUUGUCAUCCACAAAGAAAGUGAAGCACUGACAUGUACCAGACGGUCUUUUUCUAGGCGUACCAGAGAGAGAAAAAAGGUACUUCAGUCGGAUGAGGCGUUCACUGACCUCGUUUGAUUCAAGAUCACAUAAAAGAGUAUCUUUAACAUGUUUGUCUCUUUAAACCACAUUGCAUUUCUUAAGAUUUUAAACAUUAUUUAUUCGCAACUGGCACUUGAUUAACAAAGUUUUGCUUGUGAAUGAUUAUAAUUAAACAUAAAAAUAAUAUAAUUGAAACCUGGAAUGUGCUUAAUACUAUGAUUAAAAAAUCUAGCAAAAAGGAUUUUACAGCUUAUCUGGUAAAAGAUGACAACUCAAUUAUUGAAAAUAUAGAAGAAAUAGCUGAGGAAUUCAGUAAGUUUUUUGUGAAUGUUGGCCCAAAUUUGGCAAAAAAUAUUAAUUUUAAUAUGAAUGAUGAGAAAAAGUUAAAGUGUGUAUCUGACAUUGAAAAUUCAAUGUUUCUUGGCGGAGUUUGUGAAAGUGAUGUGCUAGAAGUGGUCAGAAAGUUUAAAAACAAAAAAUCUGUCGAUGGUAACAACGUGGAUAUGUCACUUGUUAAAGAAGAGGUGGAUUGUGUCCUGAAGCCUUUUACUUAUAUAUGUAAUAAAUCUUUAUCAACUGGAACUUUUCCUGACAAAAUGAAAAUUGCUAAAGUUAUUCCGAUUUAUAAAAAUGGUGAUAAACACAUGGUCUCAAAUUAUAUCUCUACUACCUCAAUUUGCAAAAAUUCUUGAGAAAUUAUUUGUAAAUAGACUUGAUAAGUUCAUUGACAAACAUGAGCUACUGAAUGACCAUCAGUAUGGCUUCAGGAGUAAUCGAUCUACAUCCCUAGCAGUGAAGGACUUUGUAGAAAAUGUAGCUACAGCAAUAGAAAAAAGCAACACACCGUUGGAGUAUUUAUUGACUUAUGUAAAGCUUUUGACACAAUCGAUCAUUCCUUCUGCAAAAAUUGGAAAACUAUGGCAUAAGAGGUGUUUCACAACAGUGGUUAAGUAGUUAUUUAAGUAAUAGAUCUCAAUAUGUGGAAAUUAAUAAGACUAAAUCACAGCCAAGAAGAGUAACUUGUGGGGUUCCACAAGGCUCAGUAUUGGGACCUAAGUUAUUUAUACUAUAUUUAAAUAAUAUUUGUUCAGUGUCUAAUAAAUUGAAAUUUAUUAUGUUUGCAGAUGAUACAAAUGUAUAUUGUUCAGGAGAAGACUUGAAGGAAGUGUUGAGGAUAAUAGAGGUUGAGUUGAUUCAGCUAAAAAAAUGGUUUGAUAUUAAUAAGUUAUCAUUAAAUGAUAAGAAAACUACAUUUAUGGUGUUUAGUGGUGCAAGGACAAAUUGUGAAGCAAAAUAAAAAUUAAAUGUAGUGGAAAUCGAUAAAGUAUAUGAAACUAAAUUUUUGGAAAUAAUAAUUGAUCAUAAAUUAUGUUGGAAACCGCAUAUUGAAUAUAUAAAGGGAAACAUAUCCAAAUCCAUUGCUAUUCUUUAUAAAGUAAAACACAUGCUGAAUAAGAAAUGUCUGCAUAUGUUAUAUUAUUCUUUUAUUUUUCCAUAUUUAACAUAUUGUGUUGAAGUUUGGGGAAAUGUUUAUAAAACAAACGUAGACCCAAUAAUUAAACUUCAAAAAAGGGUCAUUAGAAUAAUACACAAAGCGUGCUACUAUGAACAUACCAAUCCAUUAUUUACAAGUUCUAAUGUGUUAAAAUGUUCAGAUAUUGUGUUUUUAAAAUCAAUGGAAAUGAUGUUUCUAGUAAAGAACGACAGCCUUCCAGCUUGUAUUCUUAGGUUAUUUCAAUUAAGAGGAGAAAACUAUAAUUUACGGGGGAUAUUGAUUUUUGAAAUAGGUAAAGCAAGAACGAAUAUAAAAUACAAAUGUAUUUCAGUUUUAGGAGUUAAAUGGUGGAACAAGCUCAGUGAUGAGUUGAAGACAUGUACUUCUUUGUUAAGGUUUAAGAAAACAUUGAAAGGUGAAAUAAUUGAAAAUUAUAAAAUAUAGCAACGAUUACUUUCAUCCCAUUGAUUUUUUUUUCUUUUUAACAUUGAUGUUCCAGGUAAUCUUAUUUUCAGUGAAGGUAUAGGAUAGGCAUAUAUAAGCCUUGGCUUCAGCCUACUCCUUUUCUUUUCUUUUUGUGUGUAAAUGUGUAUGAUUGUUAUAUAUGUAUAAUCUGUACUGUUAAACUGGUCACACAAAAUGGUUAAUGGUUGAUGGUUGAUUAUAUGACCGAAAUAAACUUAUUUCAUUCAUAUUUCAACUUAUUUCAUUCAUUCAUUUUUGACUAUAUAAAAGUUGUUGUUCAAAAUGA